AUAACUAUUGUUAUAAAAUUGUAAUCCUUUAAAUUUAUUAGUAGGUUUAAAGAAAAAAAAGCAUCACAUUUACUGCAGAAAGAACUGGAUUAAUGUCGAUACGUAAAGGUGGUUGGGAGCGAGCGAAGGAGUUCGAGAAGAAAAUGCAUGAUGAAAAUAAACUGUUAAAGAAAAUACCCAAAAUCAAUUCAUUUUUCACUGCCAUGAAAAAGGUUGAUGCUACUAAUAAUAUUACUCUCAAUUCCCUACCAUUUACAUUAACAUCUCAGGUAGGUAUUAAUCACAAGGAAGAGACUGUAAAAAUUGCAUUUGAACUUGGACAUAGUAAAAAAUUUGAAGACGGAGCUGAUACUGGUUCAGGAACCAUUCCCAAUGUUGUUGGGGGUUUUGGUGACAUAACAGAUCAUGUGCGUAACAUGUGCAUCAGCCUUGGAACAAUCCAUUUUCGAAACUUGGCAGAUAGUUAUCCAGAAACAAAGCGGGAAUACAGUGGAGUGAAUUGCUUCCUAAAUUAUAGUGUCUUUAAAUUUUGCCAAUUGGUGAUAUCAGUAGAUUCCACUCUUGAUAUUACUCAUUGUGACCAGCUGACCAUAAUUCUUCGUUAUAUUAAUAUGGUGGAUUACCAGCCAGUGGAGCGUUUUUUGACAUUUAUCAAUAUAUCCAGUUACACAGGACAGAAUCUUGAUGACACACUGCUUCAGUACUUGUCAGAUCAGGACAUCGACUACUAAAAUUGCCGUGGUUAGACAUAUGAUAAUGCUAGCAAUAUGUCUGGUAAAUAUAUUGGCAUGUAACAAAUCCUGAAAAACAAAAACAGUUUAGUGGACUACAUUCCUUGUGCUGCCUACUCGUUGAACCUAGUUGGCCAGUCAGCUGUGGAUUGUUGCGUUGAAGCAUUUUCAUUUUUUAACAUAUUGAAUCGUCU